UGAAAUCUACAGGAUUUAGGGUUUUCGAUUUCUAGACGGGUUUGUAUCAAUGGCGGUGGCUAAGAAGGAUAUGGAUCGGAUCAAGGGUCCAUGGAGCCCCGAGGAAGACGAGUUGUUGCAGGCGCUUGUCCAUAAACAUGGUGCUCGAAACUGGUCGGUCAUCAGCAAGUCAAUUCCUGGUCGAUCUGGUAAAUCCUGCCGUCUGCGGUGGUGCAACCAGCUUUCGCCGCAGGUGGAGCAUCGUGCGUUUACGGCGGAUGAGGAUGAGAAGAUCAUCAAGGCACACGCGAGAUUCGGGAACAAGUGGGCCACCAUCGCCCGCCUGCUUAACGGCCGGACGGAUAACGCCAUUAAAAACCACUGGAAUUCAACGCUCAAGCGUAAGUGCUCGUCGAUGUCUAACGAUGAUUUUUCGUUCCUUGAUGGCCAAGAUCUGGUGAAUUAUCAACCGGCUUUAAAACGGUCUGCUAGUGUCGGACCGGAUACCACCGGCUCCAGGUUUUAUCUGAACCCCAACAGCCCGACCGGGUCUGACUUGAGCGAUUCGAGUCAGAGAAAUGGAGCGUCAACUCCCCCUCCGGUUUUGAACGAUCCACCGACUUCUUUGAGCUUAUCCUUACCCGGAUCUGGAUCCGGAUCCGGAUCUGAUCUGGAAUCCAGAUCCGAACUGAAAGUGAAGUUGCCACAACCACCGCAAAGUGAUGGUGCGAAUUAUGGGUUCUUCAACCCGGAAUUAAUGGCGGUGAUGCAGGAAAUGAUUAAAAACGAAGUGAGGCAUUACAUGUCUGGGAUGGAGAAAAAUGGGCAGUGUUUGCAGGGUGAAGGUGCUAUCAGCAGCGCUUUGACUAAUCGUAUGGGUGUCGAAUAGUAAUUUGGAUGAAAAUAUAGAAAUUAGGUAGCUAAAUCGCCAUGGAUGAUGAUGGCAAGCUUCAAUUGAGUUAAAUCUAAAGACUAGGGUUUGGGGAUAGUUUCAUCUACAUUUCUAAAAUCAUUGUCUUGUUCGUAUACAAAAAUAAUUUUGGUAGUGUACAUGAGAAGACGAUUACAUCAA